AUGGAAGUGGCAAAUACGGAAAAUGCAGAAGAGAAUUCUGAAAUUGAUGAAGAUGUUCGAGCCACCGAGAAAGUCAUCAAUGCAUUCUUUUAUUAUAAAACGUAUGGAAAAGAGAAAAUAUUGAAAAUGGUUGACCAAAUGAGAAAAAUCCCGCCGGCACAUCAAUUAAUUAUCGGACCGCGCUACAAGGAGCACAUUCGGAACAUAACUCAAAUGAUGGAUCAUAAUCAUACAGUGAUUCGGAUGAUUGUCAACUUUGGCGUGACAAUGUUUGGGGAGGAAUCGCUGAAGGCGAUGCGAAUCCAUCAAGCAAGGCGGCCAACAGCGGACUAUAUGUCGAAAGUUCUGAGCACAAUUCGUCAGAUAUGCCGAGAAUGGACUGAAGAAGGGCGACCGGAACGAGAAGCCACAUUUCUUCCCAUCAUUGAAGAGCUUGAUAAGCUUUUUCCCCGAGAGCAUUGCCAAAGGCAUUUGAUACGAAUUAUGGUGCCUGGGUGCGGGUUGGGCCGUCUCGCUUGUGAUCUCAUUAAUGAAGGAUAUACGGUUCAAGGGAAUGAGUUUAGCCUUUUCAUGCUGAUGACGUCCAAUUUUAUGCUCAAUGCAUGCAAAAUUGAGAAUCAAUUCACAAUUUAUCCGUUCAUAUUUGAGAAGAGCAACACAUGGAGCUAUGAGGAUCAGGAACGAGCUGUGACAUUUCCCGAUAAAUGCCCGGAUCAGGAUGUUGCGAAUCGUCGGAAUUCGUUCUCAAUGUGCGCCGGCGAUUUUUUGGAAGUUACGAGGAAUUCGACGUUUGAUGUGAUAGUGACCGCCUGGUUCAUCGAUACUGCCCAUAACAUUCUACAGUAUAUUGAGACCAUUUAUAAUACACUGGAGCCUAAUGGGAUUUGGGUUAAUGUCGGCCCAUUGACGUAUCAUUUUGAAGAUUCGCCAGAUGAGAAUUCCAUUGAACUACCGUACACCGAAGUGAUACGAUUCAUUCGUGAGAAGGGAUUCGAAGUGAUUACGGAGCGACGCGUCGAGAGCAAAUACACGGUGAAUCGGCAAUCGAUGCUCCAGAACGAGUUCACGUGCGCCUUCUUCACGGCUCGCAAAAUUUGA